UCUCAAUUCCGUCGAAACUCCUUUGAAUUUCAAUUCGUCGUUCCAGAGCUGGUGAGGAUCGUUUACUGGCGUACACUGAUUCUGUGUUGCUGUGUUGGUGAAGAUUGGUUGUUCCCUUUGGAGAUAUUCAGUAUCACUUGCGUUUCUGAAGGCUAGGUAGUAUUGAGUUGUCUUAUGAUCUGACGGACUCUUUGCAAUUAGAGAAUGGUCCUCACUGGUUCAUUGCAACUAUCCCAUGGAUUGGGACUUUGCAAGAAUCAGGGGUACCAGAAACAGUUUAAGAGGGGAAUAGGGUGGGACAGAUUACAUCCAUCAAGCACUGCCCUUACAUCACGAGUCUCGUUUCAGAAACCGGAUUCAUGGAGCAUUGGUUUAUCAGAGAACGUAUACAGGCCCAUACAUACUUCAUCUCACAGAUGUCAGGCGUUUAAAUGCCAUUCUUCUAUAGCAUCAGGCCAAUCAUUUGGCCAACAUGGCUUAGAGACGGCUAGCAUGGUGUUUAAAAGGUCAUAUGAUGUUUUGCAAGGUUAUCCUCUUGUGUUCAAAUUGGUUCCAUCAGUUGGCAUCAUUAUUUUUGCCAUAUGGGGUCUCGCACCACUUGUGCGUCUGAGCAGAAAUCUCAUCCUUAGUAAGAGUGAUAACAGCUGGAAAAAGAGUAACACACACUAUGUUACCAACUCAUAUAUUCAACCUUUGCUCCUAUGGACUGGAGCAAUGCUCAUUUGCAGGGCAUUGGAUCCAGUAGUUCUACCUACAGAAGCUAGUCAGGCAGUUAAGCAACGGCUUUUGGACUUUAUAAGAUCACUGUCAACUGUUCUGUCAUUUGCCUAUUGUUUAUCAAGUUUGAUCCAACAAACCCAGAAAUUCUUUAUGGAGAGCAACGAGUCCAGUGAUACAAGGAAUAUGGGUUUCAGUUUUGCUGGGAAAGCUGUGUACUCUGCUGUAUGGGUUGCUGCUGUUUCCUUAUUCAUGGAGUUGCUAGGCUUCUCUACGCAAAAAUGGCUUACUGCAGGAGGUCUUGGGACAGUCUUAUUGACUCUGGCUGGCCGUGAGAUAUUUACAAAUUUCCUGUCAAGCGCAAUGAUUCAUGCGACCCGCCCUUUUGUUGUUAACGAAUGGAUUCAAACUAAAAUAGAAGGCUAUGAAGUAUCUGGCACGGUUGAGCAUGUAGGUUGGUGGUCGCCAACUAUUGUAAGAGGUGAAGAUCGUGAAGCUGUACACAUCCCAAACCAUAAGUUCACAGUGAAUGUUGUGAGAAACCUCACUCAAAAAACUCAUUGGCGCAUCAAAACUCACCUUGCUAUUAGUCACUUGGAUGUACAUAAGAUAAAUAUUAUUGUUGCUGACAUGCGUAAAGUCUUGUCUAAGAAUCCCCAAGUUGAACAGCAGAGGUUGCAUAGAAGAGUAUUUCUGGAAAACGUUACUCCUGAUAAUCAAGCUCUCAUGAUCUUGAUUUCCUGUUUUGUGAAGACAUCACAUCAUGAAGAGUAUCUCUGUGUCAAGGAAGCUAUACUCAUGGAUCUUCUAAGAGUCAUCAGCCAUCACAAGGCCCGACUUGCCACACCAAUCCGUACAGUGCAGAAAAUGUAUAGUGAUACCGAUUUGGACAGUAUGCCAUUUGCGGACUCAAUGUAUACUCGUGGUGGAGUAUCCCCCAGCCGCCCAUUAUUGCUAAUUGAACCCUCAUACAAAAUAAAUGGAGAGGAUAAAAAAAGAAGUCGUUCAGCGCAGACCAGUGGAGAACGAGAUGGGAAGGCAACAGUGCGGCCAUCGCCUGACCCCAAGGUGGAUGCUAAAGUUGGUGCAACAUCAGUAUCUGAUUCCAAGAGCAGUGAAGCACCAAUUUCUGUGACCAACGGAGAUGCCAGAAUGUCAAUCCCCAAGGAUGACCCCAGUGCUUCAAAGUCAUCUCCUGAUCCCAAAGUAGGUGAUAAAGCAACUGUCAAGUCAAAGUCGAAUUCCAAGACACAUUCCAAAGGUGCAGAAAAGUCUGAUUCUGACUUCAAGGCUGCGGACCUACUAUCUGAACAUUUGACAGAGAAGAUAUCUGGCAGAAAGCAAGGAGAUAAUACUCAGAGCAAUCCUAGUGAUCCUGCAUUGUCCUCAUCUGCAAGUACUGGUGGAUCAAUGACAUCCCCAGUGAAACACGAAGGUGAAAAGAUGCCAGCUGCAGAGUCACCAAUGACAAGACCAGCUCUGGAAGAAAAUAUAGUUCUAGGUGUUGCCUUGGAGGGAUCAAAGAGAACCCUUCCUAUUGAGGAAGAGAUGGCUUCCCCUUCAUCUCACACGGAUACAAAUGAUUUGUCUUCUUUCCGGAAAGGAAAUGCUUCUGAUAAGGGUAAGAAAAAUGAUCAGGUUCCAGCUGGACCAGGUACAAGUUCUGAUGAGUGAUUUAGGAAGGAUUAGGGGAGGCUGUGGCUGUUGACAAGUAACUCUCUUUUAGAUAGUCACCCCAUGCAGCCAUUCUUUUCAAGGCUGUGUUUCACUCUGUACAUUCACUGUAUUCUUUAUUGGUAUUGUCAUUGUUAUAUGGCGCAGCAUUUGUUGGCCUUUUUCAUCGAGCCAUCAACAUACCAAAAAGAAAAACAAGCUUCUGUUGAAUAUAAAUAGUUUACUUUAAAGUUGAAAAUGUGAUCAAGUAAGCCUUUUUGAGGCAAAUCUACUUGGUUUUGUAGGAUUUUUGUUUUGUUUUUGGAAAUGGUCUUGGUUUUAUAUGAUAGUUAAGAGGAUUAUACACAUCCUGGAUUUUCUUGUGCGAGUUUCUUAAGACAGUGAU